AUGUAUAUGAGUAUAUGUAGCGACCAGCCUAUCAUGAAGAUAACAACAAUUAUCUUAACGGCUCUUUUGUGUUUACCCAUUCAAGGUGACAUUUUACCUGCAGUAGAUAACGAGAUAACACCUGUAUCCGUCUCUAUGUCAUCAACGCAUAGCUCUAGUUAUGUGGCAACUAAAGGCAUAGACAAGGAUACUAACACAUUAGCUCAUACGUCAACUGAACAUGACCCCUGGUUUAAAGCUAAGCUAGGAAAGACUUACUGUGUAGAGGAGGUGCAUCAUUACAUCUAUCAUGAUUAUCACACGUAUAACAAGCACGCAUGCUCGAGAGAUGCGUGUACCUGUAUAAGUGGUCACUACUGCACUCACUUUCCCACUUGGUGGCCCGUGUCAGUGUACUCUGAGGAUGGAACAGUACCUGACAACGUUCCUUCUGAUUCCGUUGAAUCAGUUAACACAGAAGUGAAGAAAGGCUCUUACGCAACGAUUUCGUGUAUCAUCACUGACAUAACAGAAAGAGCAACAGUGACCUGGCGAACUAGUACAGGACCAGUUUCAGGCGAUAAGCUCGUCCCUACACAAGGAAGUAACUCUGAUGGGACACAGACAUCAACUCUUGCUGUAGACGGAACUCUAGUCAACGAAGAUACUGCCUACACUUGCAGAGUCACUUCCGGAUCUUUACCUGAUUCCAACUUCUCUGAUACCACUGUCAAUCUAAACGUUUAUGACGUUGAAUCAGUAAACACAGAAGUGAAGAAAGGCUCUUACGCAACGAUUUCGUGUAUCAUCACUGGCAUAACAGAAACAGCAGCAGUGACCUGGCGAACUAGUACAGGACCAGUUCCAGGCGAUAAGCUCGUCCCUACCAAAGGAAGUAACUCUGGUGGGACACAGACAUCAACUCUUGCUGUAGACGGAACUCUCGUCAACGAAGAUACUGCCUACACUUGCAGAGUCACUUCCGGAUCUUUACCUGAUUCCAACUUCUCUGAUACCAUUGUCAAUCUAAACGUUUAUGACGUUGAAUCAGUUAACACAGAAAUGAAGAAAGGCUCUUACGCAACGAUUUCGUGUAUCAUCACUGGCAUAACAGAAACAGCAGCAGUGACCUGGCGAACUAGUACAGGACCAGUUCCAGCUGAAAAGUUCACCACUGUCCAAGGAAGUAACUCUGCAGGGACACAGACAUCAACUCUUGCUGUAGACGGAACUCUCGUCAACGAAGAUACUGCCUACACUUGCAGAGUCACUUCCGGAUCUUUACCUGAUUCCAACUCCUCUGAUACCACUGCCAAUCUAAACGUUUAUGACGUUGAAUCAGUUAACACAGAAAUGAAGAAAGGCUCUUACGCAACGAUUUCGUGUAUCAUCACUGGCAUAACAGAAACAGCAGCAGUGACCUGGCGAACUAGUACAGGACCAGUUCCAGCUGAAAAGUUCACCACUGUCCAAGGAAGACACUCUGCAGGGACACAGACAUCAACUCUUGCUGUAGACGGAACUCUUGUCAACGAAGAUACUGCCUACACUUGCAGAGUCACUUUGAGAUCUUUACCUGAUUUCAACUUCUCUGAUACCACUGUCAAUCUAAACGUUUAUGACGUUGAAUCAGUUAACACAGACGUGAAGAAAGGCUCUUACGCAACGAUUUCGUGUAUCAUCACUGGCAUAACAGAAACAGCAGCAGUGACCUGGCGAACAAGUACAGGACCAGUUCCAGGCGAUAAGCUCGUCCCUACCCAAGGAAGUAACUCUGAUGGAACACAUGCAUCAACCCUUGCUGUAGACGGAACUCUAGUCAACGAAGAUACUGCCUACACUUGCAGAGUCACUUCCGGAUCAUUACCUGAUUCCAAGUUCUCUGAUACCACUGUCAAUCUAAACGUUUAUGACGUUGAAUCAGUUAACACAGAAGUGAAGAAAGGCUCUUAUGCAACGAUUUCGUGUAUCAUCACUGGCAUAACAGAAACAGCAACAGUGACCUGGCGAAUAGGUAGAGGACCAGUUCCAGCUGAAAAGUUCACCCCUGUCCAAGGAAGCCACUCUGCAGGGACACAGACAUCAACUCUUGCUGUAGACGGAACUCUUGUCAACGAAUAUACUACCUACACUUGCAGAGUCACUUCCGGAUCUUUACCUGAUUCCAUCUUCUACGAUACCAGUGUCAAUCUAAAUGUUUAUGACGUUGAAUCAGUUAACACAGAAGUGAAGAAAGGCUCUUACGCAACGAUUUCUUGUAUCAUCACUGGCAUAACAGAAACAGCAACAGUGACCUGGCAAACUAAUACAGGACCAGUUCCAGCUGAAAAGUUCAUUCCUGUCCAAGGAAGUAACUCUGCAGGGACACAGACAUCAACUCUUGCUGUAGACGGAACUCUUGUCAACGAAGAUACUGCCUACACUUGCAGAGUCACUUCCGGAUCUUUACCUGACUCCAACUUCUCUGAUACCACUGUCAAUCUGAACGUUUAUGACGUCGAAUCAGUUAACACAGAAGUGAAGAAAGGCUCUUACACAACGAUUUCUUGUAUCAUCACUGGCAUAAGAGAAACAGCAGCAGUGACCUGGCGAACUAGUACAGGACCAGUUCCAGCUGAAAAGUUCACUCCUGUCCAAGGAAGUAACUCUGCAGGGACACAGACAUCAACUCUUGCUGUAGACGGAACUCUUAUCAACGAAGAUACUGCCUACACUUGCAGAGUCACUUCCGGAUCUUUACCUGAUUCCAACUUCUCUGAUACCACUGUCAAUCUAAACGUUUAUGACGUUGAAUCAGUUAACACAGAAGUGAAGAAAGGCUCUUACGCAUCGAUUUCUUGUAUCAUCACUGGCAUAACAGAAACAGCAGCAGUGACCUGGCGAACUAGUACAGGACCAGUUUCAGCUGAAAAUUUCACUCCUGUCCAAGGAAGUAACUUUGCAGGGACACAGACAUCAACUCUGGCUGUAGACGGAACUCUCGUCAACGAAGAUACUGCCUACACUUGCAAAGUCACUUCCGGAUCUUUACCUGAUUCCAACUUCUCUGAUACCACUGUCAAUCUUAAUGUUUAUGACGUUGAAUCAGUAAACACAGAAGUGAAGAAAGGCUCUUACGCAACGAUUUCUUGUAUCAUCACUGGCAUAAGAGAAACAGCAGCAGUGACCUGGCGAACUAGUACAGGACCAGUUUCAGCUGAAAAGUUCACUCCUGUCCAAGGAAGUAACUCUGCAGGGACACAGACAUCAACUCUAGCUGUAGACGGAACUCUCGUCAACAAAGAUACUGCCUACACUUGCAGAGUCACUUCCGGAUCUUUACCUGAUUCCAACUUCUCUGAUACCACUGUCAAUCUUAAUGUUUAUGACGUUGAAUCAGUUAACACAGAAGUGAAGAAAGGCUCUUACACAACGAUUUCUUGUAUCAUCACUGGCAUAACACAAACAGCAGCAGUGACCUGGCGAACUAGUACAGGACCAGUUCCAGCUGAAAAGUUCACUCCUGUCCAAGGAAGUAACUCUGCAGGGACACAGACAUCAACUCUUGCUGUAGACGGAACUCUCGUCAACGAAGAUACUGCCUACACUUGCAGAGUCACUUCCGGAUCUUUACCUGAUUCCAACUUCUCUGAUACCACUGUCAAUCUGAACGUUUAUGACGUUGAAUCAGUUAACACAGAAGUGAAGAAAGGCUCUUACGCAACGAUUUCGUGUAUCAUCACUGGCAUAACAGAAACAGCAACAGUGACCUGGCGAACUAGUACAGGACCAGUUCCAGCUGAAAAGUUCACCUCUGUCCAAGGAAGUAACUCUGCAGGGACACAGACAUCAACUCUUGCUGUAGACGGAACUCUCGUCAACGAAGAUACUGCCUACACUUGCAGAGUUACUUCCGGAUCUUUACCUGAUUCCAACUUCUCUGAUACCACUGUCAAUCUGAACGUUUAUGACGUUGAAUCAGUUAACACAGAAGUGAAGGAAGGCUCUUACGCAACGAUUUCUUGUAUAAUCACAAGCAUAACAGAAACAGCAGCAGUGACCUGGCGAACUAGUACAGGACCAGUUCGAGCUGAAAAUUUCACCUCUGUCCAAGGAAGUAACUCUGCAGGGACACAGACAUCAACUCUUGCUGUAGACGGAACUCUCGUCAACGAAGAUACUGCCUACACUUGCAGAGUCACUUCGGGAUCUUUACCUGAUUCCAACUUCUCUGAUACCACUGUCAAUCUGAACGUUUAUGACGUUGAAUCAGUUAACACAGAAGUGAAGAAAGGCUCUUACACAACGAUUUCUUGUAUCAUCACUGGCAUAAAAGAAACAGCAGCAGUGACCUGGCGAACUAGUACAGGACCAGUUCCAGCUGAAAAUUUCACCUCUAUCCAAGGAAGUAACUCUGCAGGGACACAGACAUCAACUCUUGCUGUAGACGGAACUCUCGUCAACGAAGAUACUGCCUACACUUGCAGAGUCACUUCCGGAUCUUUACCUGAUUCCAACUUCUCUGAUACCACUGUCAAUCUGAACGUUUAUGACGUUGAAUCAGUUAACACAGAAGUGAAGAAAGGCUCUUACGCAACGAUUUCGUGUAUCAUCACUGGCAUAACAGAAACAGCAGCAGUGACCUGGCGAACUAGUACAGGACCAGUUCCAGCUGAAAAGUUCACCUCUGUCCAAGGAAGUAACUCUGCAGGGACACAGACAUCAACUCUUGCUGUAGACGGAACUCUCGUCAACAAAGAUACUGCCUACACUUGCAGAGUCACUUCGGGAUCUUUACCUGAUUCCAACUUCUCUGAUACCACUGUCAAUCUGAACGUUUAUGACGUUGAAUCAGUUAACACAGAAGUGAAGGAAGGCUCUUACGCAACGAUUUCUUGUAUAAUCACAAGCAUAACAGAAACAGCAGCAGUGACCUGGCGAACUAGUACAGGACCAGUUCGAGCUGAAAAUUUCACCUCUGUCCAAGGAAGUAACUCUGCAGGGACACAGACAUCAACUCUUGCUGUAGACGGAACUCUCGUCAACGAAGAUACUGCCUACACUUGCAGAGUCACUUCGGGAUCUUUACCUGAUUCCAACUUCUCUGAUACCACUGUCAAUCUGAACGUUUAUGACGUUGAAUCAGUUAACACAGAAGUGAAGAAAGGCUCUUACACAACGAUUUCUUGUAUCAUCACUGGCAUAAAAGAAACAGCAGCAGUGACCUGGCGAACUAGUACAGGACCAGUUCCAGCUGAAAAUUUCACCUCUAUCCAAGGAAGUAACUCUGCAGGGACACAGACAUCAACUCUUGCUGUAGACGGAACUCUCGUCAACGAAGAUACUGCCUACACUUGCAGAGUCACUUCCGGAUCUUUACCUGAUUCCAACUUCUCUGAUACCACUGUCAAUCUGAACGUUUAUGACGUUGAAUCAGUUAACACAGAAGUGAAGAAAGGCUCUUACGCAACGAUUUCUUGUAUAAUCACAAGCAUAACAGAAACAGCAGCAGUGACCUGGCGAACUAGUACAGGACCAGUUCGAGCUGAAAAUUUCACCUCUGUCCAAGGAAGUAACUCUGCAGGGACACAGACAUCAACUCUUGCUGUAGACGGAACUCUCGUCAACGAAGAUACUGCCUACACUUGCAGAGUCACUUCGGGAUCUUUACCUGAUUCCAACUUCUCUGAUACCACUGUCAAUCUGAACGUUUAUGACGUUGAAUCAGUUAACACAGAAGUGAAGAAAGGCUCUUACACAACGAUUUCUUGUAUCAUCACUGGCAUAACAGAAACAGCAGCAGUGACCUGGCGAACUAGUACAGGACCAGUUCCAGCUGAAAAGUUCACUCCUGUCCAAGGAAGUAACUCUGCAGGGACACAGACAUCAACUCUUGCUGUAGACGGAACUCUCGUCAACGAAGAUACUGCCUACACUUGCAGAGUUACUUCCGGAUCUUUACCUGAUUCCAACUUCACUGAUACCACUGUCAAUCUGAACGUUUAUGACGUUGAAUCAGUUAACACAGAAGUGAAGAAAGGCUCUUACGCAACGAUUUCGUGUAUCAUCACUGGCAUAACAGAAACAGCAACAGUGACCUGGCGAACUAGUACAGGACCAGUUCCAGCUGAAAAGCUCACUCCUGUCCAAGGAAGUAACUCUGCAGGGACACAGACAUCAACUCUUGCUGUAGACGGAACUCUCGUCAACGAAGAUACUGCCUACACUUGCAGAGUCACUUCCGGAUCUUUACCUGAUUCCAACUUCUCUGAUACCACUGUCAAUCUGAACGUUUAUGAUGUUGAAUCAGUUAACACAGAAGUGAAGAAAGGCUCUUACGCAACGAUUUCUUGUAUCAUCACUGGCAUAACAGAAACAGCAGCAGUGACCUGGCGAACUAGUACAGGACCAGUUCCAGUUGAAAAGUUCGUCCCUAUCCAAGGAAGUAACUCUGCAGGGACACAGACAUCAACUCUUGCUGUAGACGGAACGUUUGUCAACGAAGAUACUGCCUACACUUGCAGAGUCACUUCCGGAUCUUUACCUGAUUCCAACUUCUCUGAUACCAUUGUCAAUCUAAACGUUUAUGACGUUGAACCAGUUAACAAAGAAGUAAAGAAAGGUUCUAGCACAUCGAUAUCCUGUGUUAUCACUGGAAUUAUUGACGCAGCAACAGUAACCUGGCGAACUAGUACGGGACCAGUUCCAGGUGAAAAGUUCACCCCUGUCCAAGGAAGUUACUCUGCAGGGACACAGACAUCAACUCUUGCUGUAGACGGAACUCUUGUCAACGAAGAUACUGCCUACACUUGUAGAGUAACUUCCGGUUCUUUACCUAAUUCCAGCCACUCGGAUACCACCGUCACUCUAAACGUUUAUGAGACAAGAAAAGAAACCUUACAAAAUAGUACAACAACAACAAUUUUACGAUUAGACCCUCCCAACGAAGUUGCUUCUUACACUUGCAUAGUCUUCGCCCAUGGUCAAGAGUAUAACUUUUACUCGGAAGUUGAAAUAGAAACCGAUGGUUUAGCGCUGACACCAGAACAAGAGAUAAGAGCUUUCAACGGAGCAACAGUCAACCUGAAAUCUUCUUAUUUCUUCUCCUCGUUUGCUGAAGGACACUUUUGGUGGAAGCACAAUGACUCUCUGUGUUUGACGAAAACUUGCAGCUGGGGCCUGGAGAUCCUUUUACACAGAAACAUCGAGCAGUAA